UUCAAGGAAUCCUACAUGGCUACUUUUUAUGACUAUUUUAAUGAGCAGAAGUAUGCAGAUGCAGUAAAAAACUUUCUAGAUUUAAUUUCAUCUUCGGGGAGGAGAGAUCACAAGAGCAUAGAGCAACCUAUAUUGCUUAAAGAAGGGACUCUUAAACUAACAGUAAAGAAAGUUGAUGGUAAUAGUUCAUGCAGGUUCAUGAUCAAGAGAGCACAAGGAAGAAAACGAUUUGGUAUGAAAAACUUCAAGAAGAGAUGGUUUCGCCUGACAAACCAUGAAUUUACCUAUCAGAAAAGCAAAGGUGAUCACCCUCUGUGUAGCAUUCCAAUUGAAAACAUUCUGGCAGUGGAAAGACUGGAGGAGGAAUCCUUUAAAAUGAAAAAUAUGUUCCAGGUGAUCCAGCCUGAAAGAAGAGUCCUGUAUAUCCAGGCAAAUAAUUGUGUGGAGGCAAAGGACUGGAUUGAUAUCCUCACCAAAGUUAGCCAAUGCAACAAGAAGCGCCUCACAGUCUACCAUCCCUCUGCCUAUCUUAAUGGCCACUGGCUUUGCUGUAAAGCUACUGCAGAUAAUACUCCUGGCUGCACACCCUGCACAGGAGGCCUUCCAGCAAAUAUACAACUGGAUAUAGAUGGAGAUAGAGAAACUGAGCGCAUCUACUCUCUUUUCAACUUGUAUAUGCCAAAAUUGGAGAAAAUGCAAGAGGCCUGUGGUAGCAAAUCUGUGUAUGAUGGACCUGAAGAGGAAGAAUAUUCUACAUUCAUCAUUGAUGACCCUAAGGAGACAUAUAAAACGCUAAAGCUGAUUAUUGAAGGUGUUGGAACUUUAGAGCAGGAGCAUGCUCAAUAUAAGAGGGAUAAAUUCAAGAAGACGAAAUAUGGAAGCCAAGAACAUCCCAUUGGUGACAAAAGCUUCCAGACCUACAUCAGGCAGCAGUCAGAGAUCUCGGCACAUUCCAUAUGAACUGCAAAGGAAAUGAGAGGACAGUGCUGAAGGGUCGAUCAGCGAAGCUAAACAGCAAAACAAAAGGGAAGCCACACAUGUAGCAAAAUGUAUGGAUAAGUGUCAAGCUUACAAACUUUGAGACUUGCUAAAUGCAUUCUCUUUUCAAGAAACUGUUAAAAUAGUUGCUAUGCACUUUAUUCAUCUGGUUAUUGACAGAUGAUAAAACUCUGCCUUCUAGGCAGUUGUUGUCAUGUGUAUUUUUAAAUUUGCUUUGGUUUCUUGGAAUCUAGUGAUCAGUUCAAUGAUCGAGGUGUGUGGACUUCAUCUUGACAACUCCAAUGCAAUUCCUUACUUUUUGGAAACCAAGCAUGCUGCUAAUAUGCAGCAUUUUCUAGAAUGGUUCUUUGUUACUGUUUUUUGUUCCUGAUUAAUGUAUAUUAUGUAUAUUACACCCCUGCGUGCUCUCUUAGGAAAAGCUUAGUAACAGUUUACUUCUAAUGCCUGCAUUUAGAAAAGAAGCAGAGAAAAAAACCCAGUGGUGUAAUCUCUUGCAUUGUAGCUUUAUUCUGAGCAGGCCAAGGAGCAGGCCUUUUGUUUUUACAGCAGCAUAAUUUUUGCUAAAUGUGCACAGUUUUUAAUAGAAAUUCAGAUCUGAAUGGUACUCUUGAUAUUUUUGAGAUACAAAGUCAUUUCUCCAGACACAUUCAGCAGACUGGUUUUGAAGGUGCAAUCUCAGCGGUAUAAUAAAACUGACUCUCAUAAAUACGAGUAAGAAAUAAAUGAACUUCUGUCAAAGCUACAUGUCUCUUAUGGAGUCCAGUGAAUGAUAAUCUUCAAAAGUCUGACAACUGAAAGGCAAGGUAAGCUGCUUUUGAUGACCUUUUACCACCACAGCCAGAAGGAUGAAUAGGAUACAAGUCUGGCAGCUGACACACAGCCGAUUCCCAGGCACAACACCCGUCAAGAUGGGUUUCUCCGAAAGGAUGUUUAAGCACUGGAGUCCAUGCUGUCCUAGUACCACUUGCUUUUCUGGAAAAUAGAUUUCUACUUUUCCAAAAAUGUUUUUAAAUACUUUUUUAAGAAACUUGUUAAAGAAUAUUUAGUAUAUUAACAUGCAUAAUGGUAACUUGUUAAUAUUCUGAGUGUAGUGAAAAUGGAAUGAGCUGCGUAUCUCACUAAUACCAACAAAAGUCAUUAAGGAGGGGAAUAAAGAUCUGCUAAAUAUAAGAUAUAUAUUUAUGUAUGCUGUUUAGUUGUACACCGUAACUUUCCUCUGUAUAAGGGUCUGAUUUACAAACAUCUAGCUUUGUUGGCACAGAAGCCUGCAUGAUGGACUUUAAACUUCUGUGGGGUAGAAGCUAGUGUUGGUUUUAAGCUGAAUUGGAACAGAAAGGAUUGAACUGUCAGUUUAAUGUGAAGGUAUCUGUAUCUUUGCUUAAAGUGUUACAGAGUAACUCUUAACUGUGUCCUUAUUGCAUCUGACAUGAUUUAAGAUGGCUGAAGUACUUUGAAUGCCUCUGGUAGUGAUGCUUUUAGGAAUGAGGUUUUCUUUUUGUUUGAGUAUAUAGUAGACCACCUCCUUGUAGAUGAUAAAUGAUCUCUUAUUCAUCUUCACCCAGCAGACUGGGGAAAGAGAAGUAAUGAAGCAUUGCAGAGAUGCAUUUUGGAUUCCAAGCUUUUAGCUGCCAUGAACUGCAAUUUUUAACACGUAUUUGUAACUUAAUAUUGUUUAUAAAAUACUAAUGAUCUGUAAUGUGUGUUCUACUUGCCAAUUAAAAGAAAUGUUUUAUUUCUGAAAA